AGUGCAUGAGGGUUUUUAUUUUUUGGGUGGAAAUUUGCUACAAGAAGAUAAAAGAAAAAGAAAAAUGACACCAACAGGGCUUGUGAUGGUUUUGGUGUUGGCGCUGGUUUUUGAGGGUGGUCAGUGCCAGCACCAUGAAGUGUUUGUAGCUGAAGGUUCAGUAGCUGUGCUGCCAUGUGUGGAUGGAUCCUCUUCAGUCUCACAUCCUAAUGCAGUCUACUGGAGCAAGGUAGUCGGAAAUUCACAGAAGACAGUGUGGCGACGAGAGAAGAGCGGGUUAGAGUUUCGACCACUUAGAGACCUAUCACGUGCUAAAUGUCCCGUUCCCAACUUUGGAAAAGCUGAUUAUAGCCUUCACAUUGCCGAAACGAAACUAGCAGAUGGAGGAAAGUACUUUUGUGAAGUUGAAGGAAAGACAAAGAUGCUGAAGGUCAUCAUGCUGAGAGUUAUAAAAGCAUCAAUUUCUCCAUCUAUUGUGGUUGAGGGUUUAAGAAUGGAGGCAAUGUGCCAUGUCAGUCCUGAGACACCACAUAUAAGUAUUAAAUGGAAGCAAAACGGCAAAUUCAUCAACAGUCCGAUUAUCUCCUCAGUCUCCCAAAGAGAUGCAGGAAAGUGGACCUGUCAGGUUUCAUACAACAAUAUGAGAAUGGAGGCAACCACGACCCUACAGGUCAGAGGGAUCUCCUCUCCUCAGAAUGACUCUUUAGUGUUUUAUGGUUCGGUCGGUUCCUCGAUCUCCUUGCCCUGCGUCUUUACUGAUGGUCUGAUCCCAAACACAGUGAACUGGAUGAGAGUAUCUGCUGCCACAAACUCUCCUGUUCUUCUGCCGCAUUCAGCAUUCAACUCAUCCUUUGGGUUGAUUAAGAGAGUGGAGCUUGGAGAUGAAGGGACGUAUACGUGCUCAGGAUUGAUGGGAUUGAACGGAGGAAAAAUUAAACUGCAAAGAACAAUGAGGCUUGUAGUUGCUCGUGUAUUGAGUUCCUCCAGCGACCCCAUGAUCCUGAUGUGCAAUCUCAGCGACUCCCGCCAAAUCACCUCCUAUGAAUGGCUCCGUGUGAAUUAUGGACCAAACAACACUCAAAGGGUGACCACUGUUCAAAGGACCAAAAACCCCAGCAUUCGAGUGACAGAGAAAGAUGCUGGCGAAUGGAUGUGUCGCUAUUACGGCAAUCAAGGACUAUUGGGGAAUGUGACGUCUCAUUUUUACACAAUGGGUGCACUUAAGAGUGAAAAUUCAAGUUCUGGCAAUAAAACGGCUAUGGUGAUGGGAUUAGGGUUUUUGUUCAUGGUCAUAUUCCUGAUUUUGUUCCAGAUGUACAGAAACUAUCGUCGGAAGCAGAAGAUCCAUCUUUACCCGGCGAUGGAAAACAUCGUCCAUCAGACCAUCACUGAACGCGAGUGGAAGGAAAGAAGCAGGGAAAAAAGAGCCGAAGCUUGUGUUGGAGAACCAAAAUCAGUGUGUGUUUGAAUGUUAUUUUUUUAAAUAUGUAGUUUGUGCAAAGGGCAGAUGCCUGUAUGUUACUUUAUGUGGAUGUGUGUGUGUGUGUGUGUGUGUGUUUUAAAUGCAGACAACUGUAGCAGUCCAUUUAAACUGUAAAUAUACUACUGUUAAUUAUAAUUUUGUAUAAACUAUUU